AUGUCUACGAAGGAUUACAAGAGCUUACCAGUUACUGUGGAGAAACCUAUCCCUGUAACGUACGACUUGGGUAACCUCGCUGUCUUUGACUCCAAUGUGGUGGACAGAAAUGACGUUGAUUCUUCUAACGGUAAACGUGAACAGAACAUCAGAUCUUUGACCAGAGACAAUGUGCAGCUACUUAUCAACCAAAUACUUUCAUUGCCAAUCAAGACAACUACAGAAUCUGCGGGAGGUACUGGUAAUCAAAGUGCUUCCAUGACUUUGAUCCAACUACCGGGACCAACCACUGAACUACCAAGAGAAAAACCACUACCUAAGCCUAAGGCACCAACGAAAUGGGAACUUUUCGCCGCCAAGAAGGGUAUCAAGCCCAAGGAAAGAGCGGGCAAGAUGGUCUACGACGAAGAAGCUGGUGAAUGGGUACCCAAAUGGGGUUACAAGGGUGCUAACAAGAAGCUGGAUGACCAGUGGCUGGUCGAGAUUGAUGAUAAAGUGAAGAACACCGAGGACGAGUUAGUCGAUCCAAGAACACUAAACCGUGCUCAAAGAAAGGAACUUGUGAAGAAGAACCAAAGACAACAGAAGAAAAACAUGAGAAAUUCAGGUGUAUCUAAAUAA